GCAAAUUGCAAGUAAAACGUCAAAAUUUUGCCGCCAACCGCUGAAAAGAAGAAAAUACGAAAGAAAGAAAAUUAAAUCAUUGAAAACCAAUUACUUAUUUUGUAUAUCAAAAUAGGAUGGGUAUUUUAGGUUUAUCGAAGUUAAUAGCAGAUAUCGCACCUCAUGCAGUCAAGGAAAUGGAGAUUAAAAACUACUUUGGUCGGAAAAUUGCUAUUGACGCAUCUAUGAGCUUGUAUCAGUUUUUAAUCGCUGUAAGAAGCGAAGGAGCUCAACUCACAUCAGUAGAUGGAGAGACUACUUCCCAUUUAAUGGGGACGUUCUACCGUACAAUAAGACUAGUUGAAAAUGGUAUAAAACCUGUUUAUGUAUUUGAUGGCAAGCCUCCUGAACUGAAGUCGCACCAGCUCAACAAGAGAGCUGAGAGGCGGGAGGAGGCCGAGAAAGAGUUGCAGAAAGCUACAGAAGCAGGAGAUCAAACUCAGAUAGAGAAGUUCAACCGUCGCCUGGUGAAGGUGACGAAACAACACGGAGAAGAAGCCCGGCAACUCCUCAAGCUGAUGGGCAUUCCUGUUGUGGAGGCUCCGUGCGAGGCUGAGGCACAGUGUGCAGCACUGGUAAAAGCUGGUAAGGUGUUUGCCACAGCCACUGAGGAUAUGGAUGCCCUGACAUUUGGAGCAAAUGUUCUGCUGCGGCAUCUGACUUUCUCCGAAGCUAGGAAGAUACCCGUCCAGGAGUUCCACCUGGAUAAUGUGCUGAAAGGCUUGGAGUUGGAGUACAAAGAGUUCAUAGACCUGUGCAUCUUGCUGGGCUGCGACUACUGCGGCUCGAUCCGCGGCGUCGGGCCCAAGCGCGCCGUGGAGCUGCUGCGCCGCCACCGCUCGCUGGACGAGCUGCUGCGGAAUAUCGACACCAAUAAGUACCCUCCACCCGACAACUGGGACUAUGAACAGGCCAGGAAGCUGUUCUUGGAGCCGGAGGUUACAGAUCCCGGUCAAAUUGAGCUGAAAUGGACAGAUCCAGAUGAGGAAGGCCUAGUGAAAUUCCUGUGCGGAGACAAACAGUUCAAUGAGGAGCGAGUCAGGAACGGGGCGAAGAAACUGAUGAAGGCCAGAACUGGGACCACUCAAGGCAGACUCGAUGGAUUCUUCAAAGUGUCCACAACGCCAAACCCCAAACGAAAGGCAGAGGAAGAAAAAAAAAAUGCAGCCAAUAAAAAGGCGAAAAUGGGAGGCCGGGGGAGGAAACCCAAAUAACAUGAUUACUAUAACUAGUGAUACGUAGCUCGAUAGGCUAUUAACGAUGGACUGUCGAUAGUUCGCCAAAAGUCGAGAUAUCGAUAGUAUUGAUAGAGUACAAUGAAGCAAUACAAUUGUUACUACUGUCUUGCAGUAUUAUCUACAGUAUUAUGCAUUGAUAGUCUACGUUAUCGAGUUUCUUAAUUAUUGAUAGUAUCGAUUGCUGAGCUGUUAUCAAGGCAUAAUACUGUAGAUAAUAAAACGCAAACUAUUGACGGUUAUAAAUCGCAUUCAUUGUAAGCUAUCGAUAGUACCAUUGAUAUCCUAAAGAACUGAAUUUCGACUAUCGAUAGUUUUUUUUAAGACUAAACCUGUUAUUAAUAAGGACUGCAGCAUAGAUUAAUCCAAAGUUCUUGGAAAUUUUCUAUGUUUGAUUUUUAUGACGUGAAUUAUAUGCAGUGGAGAUAGUACGAACGUUUGCGAGAAUGUAAACUUAUCAACGAAAUUUAUAUGGAAAAUUAUAGUACCUACCCCGUACGUACACCAGAGGCGCUGUUCAUUCUCCAUAUUAAAUUUCGUCGAUGGCGAUAUUGGCGAGACGAUGUCGUUCUCGCAAAAACUUGUGCUAGCCCCGCGGUACGCGCACUAUAAUAAUACCCAUCGGGUUAGAGAAAGUGGUAAUCUGCUAGCUUUGCCUUCGUAUGGAAUCUCUUUUCUAUAAAAAAAACAUUGUACUGUCAAUAAUAUAUUAAGCCAACGUACACGUAGAGUAGGUAUAGAAUAAAUGAGGGCGCUGUCUCCUCUAGACUGGCAACACUCAUAAACACCAGUGUUGCCAACAUAGAGGACAGUCAGUCCACCUAUCUUGAGCAUUCUAUAUGGUACUGAGGCAUUUCAUCAGGUCAUUUUAGUACCUUGGCUUCAUUAUUGUAGCAUCUUGGUCCUAAUAAUAAUAAAUAAAAAUAAUGUUGCAAUGGCAAAAAAUAUUGGUAGUAAAAAAACAAUUUUGAAAUCUUUAGACUAUAUUCAUAUUUAAUCAUAAUCAUUUUGCUAAAACAGGACUGAGAAAAUUGAUUAUUUUUUUGGGCAAUUUGACAAAAAUACAGUGCAUAAUGUGUUUUUUUUACUAUUUUAAAUACGUAGUUUCGUUAAGAUCGGUUAGUCAGGGGUGUGGGUUCGAUUCCCGCUCGUGUACCUUAUUUUUGAUAAAAUUUUUCAUGUCAUUAUUAAAAUUUAAUUACGCUUAAAAAUUGUGAAAAAUAUAAACAUUCCCAAAAAUUA